AAUUUAAAUAAAUAUAAAAAGAAGUUACUAAUAUUAUAGUAGUAAACUUUACAAUCAUGGCAGUCUAUUGGUACAGUUGCUUGAUAUUUGCAAUAUUCAUAAAUGAAGGAAUUGCCUGUUGUUUUCCUGAGAAAGGCGAAGGUUACUUUAGAUUUACCAACAAAAAAGGAGCUGAUCCAGUAUCUUCGGGCUGGUAUAAAUUUUCUUCGGAUACUACUAUAGAGAAGGCUUACUAUAACGGGAAGAUGUACAAUGGAGAAAUGCAUGAUGUUCAUAUUUUAUUUGAUUAUAGAAAUGAUAAGUUAUACAACGUAACAGAUGGCCUAUGUAUCGUUUCUAAUUUAUCUAAACCGCUUGUCAAAUGUAUUCCAGAAGAAGCUGAGCUUAAAGUGUCAUCUUAUUAUGGAACUGGGAACGACACAGUGAAAGUUGACAUAUACUUUGUCAAGUUUCAAAACUGGUACGUAACUUUGACAGUGGAAAAAACAAGCUGUGCGGUCCUUGCGGAGACUGACUAUUCAACUGACGAAGUCCAAAAUAGUCAUUUCUUUGGUUUAACACUUGGCGUGAGGAAUUUUACCGUAUUUGACAUUCCGGCUGCUUGUCUACAAAACACGAGCAGAGAAAAGGAAGAUGAUUCCAUGAGAUUCACAUCACAUCUAGUGAAGUUGUAACUUGAUUGGUUCAGCGUUUCAUCCGAUGCCCCUCAGUUAUACACGAUUAUAUACAUUGUGGUGAUGUCUGAUGUUAACAGAUUGGUUUAUUUGUAACGAUCAUCUAUCAGGAAUAUCUUUAGAUUUUAACUUUUGAAUUAAAAACUUUAUGUUUUUUGUG